CCAGCCUUUGACGACAGAUGACUCGCAGCAGAGCAGAGUGGGACCUCUUCGCGCUCACCUGCUCUGGAGCGGAGGCGCACCUGCCACACCUGCCCCGCGAGUCCGCACUUCCUGUCAGGGAGGAGAAACAAACAGUCCAAACUUUUACUCUCAGUUGCGCUGUCGGUGGAAUAGACACAGGACGCCUGAUGGUGAACUCAGUGAUGGCAUUCAUGCUACGGAAGAUGUGCUUCUGACGGCCCUUUCACUGCUCCACAUCCAUUCCCACAAGACCAAAUACACACUUCCUAUUUUGACAAAGUAUGUCUGUCCAAGCCCCCGAUGAGGAGACGAAGCUCUUGACCAACAGUGGUCAGCGAGCAGGAAGUGCCAAGACGUCAGACGGCGUGAAGAAGACGUGCGAGGAGGAACAGGAAGCCGCAGGCUGUCAUCUCCUGGAGGAUGCCACUCUGCCCUGGCCUGGAGACAAAGACGAGAAGACACAGGAGAUGGACGCCGUCUCCUCCGGGAUGGGACAGUCCGAGUCAGAGGAGAAGGACACCGGGGUCAGUGGGGUCAGCCGGGAUCCGUCCGAGGCUCACGACGAAGACGACGGGCUGAGCAAAGCCAAGUGGAGGGAGAGCAUGCCCGAGGGAGACAAGUGGAGAGAUGAGCUCUUGGAGCCGCAGCGGGACAGCAAGGGAGACGGCUCGUUGGCGGACGACGAGGAGGAGGGGGAGGAGGAGGAAGAAGUGGCGGAGUCCCCCUGGAUCUCCGAGAGAGCCGGCAUGGGGUUCACUCCACAGGUCAACAUCGUACGGCGCUCCAGUCAGGAAACUCCCGUGGAGAGCCGACUGUCCAUUGAGGACCACGCAGACGGGGAGGAACACGCAGCGCCCCCCUACGGCCACACCCGGACACGCCGCCACGACAAAGGCUGCUGGCUGGAGGACCUGUGCGGCGAGAAGAUGAAGCUGGUGCUGGCCACGGCGUCCGCGGCGCUCCUCUUCCCGUUCCUGGUGUGGGGGGGCUACGCCCUUCUGCCCUUUGACUCCCCGCUGCUCGCCAGCUCCCCUCUCAGGGUGGUGUACACACUGCGCUGCGCCAUCUUUGCCGCCAUCCCCGUGGUGCUGGGCAUGGUGGUGCAGGGCGUGGCCAGGCUGCGCUACAGCGACGUCAAGCCGCGCUUCCAGAGCCAAGCGGUGGACGGGACGACGGCGAUACACUGGCACUACGUCAACGAGUCGCUGGGCCUCUUCCUCUUCUUCGUCCUGCAGCUGGUCGUCAUGGCGACGUACGUCAGCCAGGACAUGCUCAAGCUGGUGCCGCUGCUCACCGUGGUCUUUGUUUUCGGAAGGCUCAUCUACUGGCUGUGCCUCUCGCUGGGCAGCGGCAUCCGAGGCCUGGGCUUCGGCCUCUCCUUCUUCCCCGUGCUCGUCCUGCUGGGCGCCAACCUCUACUUCGUCUGCUCGUCCGUGGGCCAGGAGGCCAUCUUUGACGUGGAGCCGCCCCCCGUGCCGUCUCCCCCCAGCAAGCGCUGGUGGGGUUGACGCCGGCAGAAGGUGGGAAAUUUGCUGUCGCUGUCAUCUUCCCGCUUCCCGGCAGCAUGCCGACAGAACUGGACUGGCACGGAAUUCCCCAAUGAAGACGGCCGGACGGCUAAUGGCUAGCACACGUCCGGCCUUGCUAAAGCUACGCGACACUCGUUGAAUAAAGAUUUGAUUGGAAGGAGAAAAAAGGAGCUGAACGCGGUUCCUGGCUUUGUGGUUUAAUAUAGAAAAUACAGUAGAACAUACGCAAAAAGGGGAAGGUUUCAAGGGACUCGGAUACUUUGGUACAACAAACACUUCCUGUAAAAGCGGUAUAGAAUUUCAAUAACAUCAGUGCAUACUUUUGGAUAUGAAAAUAUACACAAACUGUUCAUCAUUGAAGAAGAAAGGACAUGUUUACAAGAACGCCAUAGCAGACUAGCGCCACACAAUAGAUUAGCUAGAAACGUCAUCUUUAGUAUUUCUAGUUGCUACAUCAGCCCGACGCUAGCCACUCUUAGCCGCGUGUAGCAAAUCCCGCACUAUAAAUAUAUUCCACAUCUGGAUGAAAA